AUGGGUCUAACUUUAUUUGGAAUUAUUUUUGUAUGUGUUAUUUCGACAACAUUAUCAGCACGUACAUUUCGUCAACCAUUGAUCUACGGUGGUGGUUUUGAAGUCAACUCUCGUUCAUCGAUUAAUCUCGCAGUUCCAGAUGGAUGGGUAAGCGGACGAAUUUGGCCGCGUACUGGAUGUCGAUCAGUCAAUGGAAAGCUCACAUGUGCUACAGGUGAUUGUGGAGCUCCAGUGAAUGGAUUUGGUGUACAAUGUAAUGGUAUUGGUGGACAACCACCAGCUACUAUAGCUGAAUUCACAUUAGAUGGAUGGGGAGGAUCGGAUUAUUAUGAUUUAUCAAAUGUUGAUGGUCAUUCGAUUGGUAUGACAAUUAAACCUAUUCCUGGUCAAUAUACAAUGGUUAAUAAUCCAUCAUUAGGAAAGUACAACUGUGGAACGGCCACAUGUACAUUUGAUGCAAAUAAAUGUCCACCGGAAUUACAAAUGGAUGAUGGCACUGGUCAUAAAGUUUGUGCAAGUAUUUGUGCUGCUAUUCAUAAUGCUCAACAACGAGCUAAACAUGAUCAUCUUCAAAGGAUCUACAAUAAUCCAGAUACACGUUCACUUGUUUGUUGUUCAUGUGAUGGAAAUUAUUGUGUUUCUCCUCAUGAUAAUGUAACACCAGGUCGAAAAUGCUAUGUUGAACAAUGGCCACGUUCUACUCAUAAUGCACGAUAUGAUGAAGUAUUUAAAUCUCAAUGUCCAGAUGCUUAUUCGUGGCAAUUUGAUGAUUUUGCUAGUGAGAGUACUUAUCAAUGUUACAAAGCAAACUAUGAAAUUAUCCUUUGUCCAUCAGGUAGUCCAGUCACAAAUGUACCUAAUCCAACAACAACACAACCAUCAUCAGGAAAUGUUUGUAAUGGUCAAACAUUUGAUCCAAAUGCUUACUGGUGUGAUGGUGGCCGUCUAUGUUCCAAAGGUGAAAAAGCAUGUGGUUCAAACCCACAUGCAUGCUAUAAAGAAUCAAUGUAUCAAUGCGUUAAUGGACAACUUCGACCAAUAUAA